UCAUAGAAGCCAAAGUUGUUCAUGAACAACUUUGUUCCAUGGUAGAGAGGUCACAACGAUGUAUAUUGGGUCCUAACCAUCAGUAUCUUCCUAAGAUAGUUUCAAUAUUUGCUGAGGUACUAUGUGGUAAGGAUCUAGUCACGGAGCAAACUGCAAGUCAGAUGGUGAAUCUACUGAGGCAGCUUCAGCAAACUUUGCCAGCGGCAACAUUGGCCUCUACUUGGUCAUCUUUGCAGCCACAGCAACAGCUUGCCUUGCAAUCCAUGCUUUCCUCUUAGUAUAUUUGUCCGACACUGACAAGCAUCUUUCUGGUUUCGAAGGAAUGCAAUGCCCGUCCAGUCUGUGUAUUGAAGCAUAUCUUGUUACCAAUUCAUUUCCCCAAGAAGGUUCCCAUUGGUUUGUCUUUGCAUGAUGUCUUACUCGCAGGCCAGCGAAGCUUUUGACUAAGCAUGAAAAAGUCGUUACACCGGUGAUUUAUACGAAUCCCCUUUUCAUCUUGUCUUGAAAGAAUGUGUAUAUUACAAGUUUUCUAUUUAUAACGUGGGGGGUUAUCGAGUCCGGAAAAGAAGAAUAAUGUGGUUUUUAUGGUUUGUGAGCAUUUUUGCAUUUUCGUGGGUAAAGUACAUGAGGUUUUGAGGGUUGUCAUUGUUCUUGUAGCAGUUUUGGUGUCGGAAUGUGUUUUUGGUUUCGGUCUGCACAAAAUAUUUUGCCUCGAUUGUGGUCAUUAUAGGACAUAUGGACUGAAAUCUUUAAAUGGUUAUUCUUAUCAUUUUUGGAAA